GGGUGAUAGUAGCGUCAUCUUUGGUGACACUGUUGGAGAUAUUUUUAGAAGCCCUUGCUUCUUUGUCCGCGUCGCUGUAGGCAACAAUUUAAAAAUACAACUGUGUAAGGUCAUGUCAGAGUAAGCCAAGCCUCACAAUGUCUGGCGCUGCUAGCACCGAGAAGCCGAUAUCCGAAGCGAACUCUCCUGGUGUUUCCACGUCACACCCGAAGUGGAAUGCUCUGGAGUUUCAGUGCUCCAUUUGCUACGAGCUUCUUCUGAACCCCGUUGUCGGAAGUUGUGGCCAUGAUUUCUGCAAGCACUGCAUCGAGGAGUGGAAGGUGUCUCGGCAGUUGAUAGGGCAGGCGGUGCUUUGCCCCAUAUGCCGAGCCGUGCUGCUUCCGUCCGCCGACCAGUCGUUUGGUGUCUGCAUCCGCUUAAGGGAAACAAUUGAGAAGCUCUUCCCGGAGCAAGUAGCCGCGCGACGUCGGCAGACUGGCCUCGGAGCAAAGGUCCGCAAGUGCUCAGACGACAGCUGCCCCACCGCCUUUUCGCUCUCAUCCUCUUCCUCUUCCGAAAGCUCAAGCUCCGCCACCACCACAUCAUCAUCUGCCGACACCAGCGCCACCGCUGCCACCAAUGCGACCCACAGCAGCGACGUACUCGCCGCCGGCGGCGCCGCCACCACCACCACUCCCACCACUGGCGGGGCUCCGGGCCCUCCCGCCUCCGCCAGCUCCUUCCGACACGUCGCCUUGCUGGAUCUAGAUCUCCUUUCCCGUGCCGCAGAGCAGUACCGCGAGCUGUCUAUGUUGGUAUCCGCCAUCACUGCCGUACCGGCGCCGCCCGACACUGUCGUACAGGCUUUCACGCAGGCGGCCGCCUCAAUGGCGGAUCGGGCAGCGGCGGCGGCAUCCGCGAGCGGUGGCGGCGGCGGCGGCGGGGGCCAUGUGGCGGCUCCGCUGCCGCCACAGCAGGCGGCGGAACUGGCGCGACUAUUCCUGUCUUCAGGCUCUGCGCUUACAUCCACUGCGGCUGCCAUGCACCACCACCCGCAUCAUCAGCAACAAUCGCAACAGCACUAUCCGUACUACUACCAGCAGCAGCAGCAGCAGCUUGGUCAGAGCGCCUUCUUCCCUGGCCCCUUCUACGGCCAUCCGUACCAGCCGCAAUCCCAGCAUCAACAUGCCUAUCCACCGCAGCCGCAACUGGGACAUGCAAUACAUCCAGGGACCGCGGCACAGCCGUACUUCUACUCCUACCCGCGGCAGGACUCGUCUGUAGCUAAUGCUGCUGAGUCAGCGGCGGCGGCGGCCGCUGCCGCCGCCAGCACGGCUGCGGCGGUUGCAUCCAUGUCGGCACCCGACGCUGAAGCCUCCGUCGCCAUGGCGGCUCAGCUGGCGGCGACGUCAGCGGCGGCGGCGCCAGGUCCGGGUGUCGUACAAGUAAACGGGAGCGCUGGCGGCGGCAACGGUAGCUUCCUGGAGGCGGCGCUGACGCUGCUGACGUCAGCGGCGGCGACGUCAACAGCGGCCGGCCAGCUACGAACCCUGGUUUCUGCAUUGCACCAUGAGCAGCAGCAGGCAGCGGCGGAGGGUGGCGCCGGCGGGGCGACCCAUGGGUCAGCGGAGGGUGCCGUUUCCAUGGCGGCAGCGUCGGAGGCUGCGGACGACGCGCUUCGUACGACUGCAAACACCGUACAGCAGCUGACGGCGGAGGCAGCAGCGCUCAACGGCUACCUCAGAAUACAUCACCAGCAGCAGCUUCAAGCGCACAUGCAGGCCGCGGCGCACGCUCAACAGCUCUUCCACAUGCAAGCGCAAGCGCAGGCCCAUGCGGCUCAACAGGCGCAUUACCUGGGCGGGUAUCUCUUGUCGACUGCGACGUCACAAUAUCAGGCCCAAUUGCCGCAGCAACCCCAGCAGCAGCAACCGCAACAGCCGCAGCAGCUACUGCUGGUGUCUCAACCCCAGGUCCAAACAACACAGCAACUGGUGCUAAGCUGGGGAUCAGCAACCACAACCACCACAACCGCCGCCGCCGCUGCUGCUGGCGCCGCCAGCGUGCCCUUCUUCCUCGUGAACGGCCCACAGAUGCAACAAGUUGGGUUAAAUCCGACGCCAGUCGGAGACGCUUCCGCUUCUGUUUCCGCGGCGUACAACACGGUAACGCCAGGCCCCUUGCCGUACGUCGCUGCUGUCAUGCCGCAACAGCCGCAGUCGAUGUACUUGGCCGCAGCCGCGCCUGCGGCGGCCUGGUUGCCUGCCACUGCCGGCACGGUCACGACGCAGGAACCAGAUACAGCAAGCGCGGCGACGGCUGCUGUGCCCACAGCUAUGGUGACGGAUGGCGGCGGCGAGGGCCCUUGGACUAGCCUGCCUGCCACCGCCGCCGCUGCUGCUGCCACUGGUGUUGCUGCCGCUGUUCACGGCCAGCAGCAGCAACAGCUGUGCAGCCACCUGGCCCCCUCUUAGCCGCCGGUCCGACCCAUGGGUCAUGUUUCUUACUACCCGUACGCGCAAGUUGCAGUUGCUGGGAUCGAAGGCGGUGCCGCCGGCGGGGCUCCGUCCGGCCUUUCGCUUUCCACUUCACACCUGGCGCCGCGGUCACCGCCACCGCCUCGGCAAGCCGGGGACCAGCAGUCUAGGUUUGCUGUAGCUGUAGCUCUUUCUUUGGGAGGUUAACAAACAACCUAGUAUUGCUUGUCAUCGGCUGCCAGAAACGGAGUCAGUGCAAGGGGUAAGUAUUGGAGGGAGUGGAGUGUUUUGCUGAGGUGCUAGGGGACUUCCGAUUUCAUGAAUAUCGUGCACGGUGCGUAAGGUACCAAAGAGGGGGCGUGUUGGUGUGCCUCCGGUAUCCAUCGUUUGUUUCGAAGUGAGAGGCGCGCUCAAGAGGACUACAGGAGGGAAGGAGGGAGGGAGGGAGUGUCUGUAAGUGUUGGGAGCUGCUUGAUAGCUGUGGCGGUUUUUGGUGUGUGUGUGAUACGAUACACAAGGUAGCGCGAGCGCUGUGUUGGGAUUUACAGGCGGAUAGCUAUACUGCAGCGUAGCAGCCGCAAAAGGCUGGAGCGCCGUGUGCUUCUUGUCUCCCUGAUAUAGUGCGUUUAUCUUUCCAGAGAAUUGCCGGGCCGGUUCAGUGCUUUGAAUGAUCGCAAAUAAGUAGCAUGCGAGUGUGUGUGCUAUGGAAAGAGGGCACCGUGCCCGUUUCCGGAGUAGGUGGGGGCAAUGGAGCCGCUGUCUCCCCUGUCCUGAUGUGCUUUAGACGAGCUUCAUUUGGUUGGAUGCUGGUCCAGAUUUCAUUGGGGUGUCCCCUGCUGAGGGGACGAUGUCGCCUGACAGGGAUGUCGCCUGCUUAGGAAACGUUGCAGGAGUGCGAAUUGCUGGAGGGAAGGCUGCAGGAAUGGCCGUUGCCUGCUGCUUAGAGGAGCGUGUAGGAUUACUGGGCGCCUGCUUAAGCGCCGAUAGGAAUGCGAAACGCCGUCGUUUAAUAUCGCUACAUGCAAGCCGUAUAGAGCGACUUUAAUGCCUUCGCCAACGGGUCAAGCGUCCUUACAUCAUUUGGUUGACAUUUCGACAAGCCAAUUGAUGACGUUUGACGAAACGCGGAGUUGGGCUGGCUAGCGGGUUAGGGUUAUGUGGCUUGGCAGGGUUCAGGGGGUUGCAGGGAGCUCAGACGUAAGCUGUAAAGGGGCAAGAUACAUGCGUCGUGCACCUCUUGUAGUAUUCAACUGUACAAUGCCUGGGGGUCGGAUUUUGUUUAGCGUGUUCCUGCUGCUGGGCCGGUCUGUUGGCCGGUCUAUUGGCCGGUAGUGCCAUGGACAUCAUUUCGUUCAAAGAGAGAUCCGAGGCUUGGCCGGCAGCAAGGAGGAAGAGAGAGAUGUAGAGAGCAGCACUGCCUGCCUGCUAAUGAGGUGUCCAGUUGCGCCCGGUUGACUGGGAGUGCUUCUGGAGGGGGAUAUCCUGAACGAACAGCAGCGUCGGCAAGGCGUCGUCCGGAGGGAGCGAGGGUGUGUGGAGGGUGGUAAAAAUAAAGAAAAACUGACAGCUAGGUUGGUGUCUGCUGGCCUGUAGGGAAGAGGGCUAGGGGCGGCCGGAGUGUGUGUUAAAGUAACUGGCCGUGUGGGUAUCGUACGGAAAUGGCAUGCUGUGCGUGGCAUGCUGGUUUGUGUGCGGAAAGCGUGAAAGAGAGUGGAGGUGGGCUGUCGUCAAGUUGUCUGGUUGCGUUACAGCCGCGGAGAGAACGGUGGUGCAGGGUCCUGUCCAGCUGUACACAUGGGGAGGGAGGGCGACGAGGGAUGAGUCGGCAACGAGGAGAAGAGAAGGCGAGGUUGAGGGCUAUAAGACGUAAUGGGGUGUAAGACACGUUUGGGACGUACAAGGAUGCAUGCAUGGGCUCAUAACCGACUUACCUGACGCCCUUACCGCUGUGGCUUGCCUGAUGUAGUUCUGUCCGGACGCAACGGGGCUGUGUUGCGUCUUUUACGGCUAGUGGUGUGGCAGCAUGAGGCGAGUAUUAGUAAAUGCACAAUCGUAACUUUGACGCUAUUCCGUUGGUGGUGAGGAGGCUGGUAUCGUACCGUUAUAAAGACGCAGAAGGACGACGAUGCCGGUGACUAAAAACGGUAACAACAACUUGACAAUACAUAGUGCUGUCCUUAAAUGUUGAUCUUAGAUGCUUUGAUGCUUUGCUUUGGGCCGUUUGGGCUGUUGAUGUCUAGCGGCGCCCACGCACACGCAACACGACGGCAUGUGAGCAAGGGUAACAAGCUUGUGGACGGCCCUAAUAAGGAAAAGUUGGUAGGGCAUUUGAUUAAAUUUCAUGAUCGGCGUGAGAACGAGGGGCUCCGGCAGGGAGAGGAAGGGGACACAGGUUGAUGCAUGGUGCGUCUUGGAGUAGGGUUCAGCAUGUGGAGUGUGCAGGGCAGCAGGUGCCAGCAGGCGCGUGGGACGUGAUGGGACGUCGCGUGUGUGUGUGCUGCGGCUGCGUGCCAGGUGUGUUUUGUUGCGUGUCUUGGAUUGCCCAGCGGUUGGCUCCUUACAACAUGGAAGGCAUGGGGGGCUGACUGCCGUUGCGGCUGGUUGUGGUAGGGCGCGGGGUGUGCUGCAUGGGUUUUGUGGCUUGUGUGGCGCUCGUGGUAAGGGAGGCAAGGAGCCGUUCGCGUGUAAGGAGGGUUGACGAAAAGACUUGACAAACGCAUGCCAUUCUUAUGUUGUCUCUUUACAGGGAUAUAGCCAUUCCUGACUCGCUCACGAGUUAUGGUAGCCACACACUUACCGGUCGCCACACACUUACCGGUGGGUGUUCACUCGUAUUUAGGCAUCUUUAAAUGUGUUGUACCUUUCCAUGGGGAGUGUGCAAGAGGGAUUAACUGUGUUUAGGGGUGGGCGAUGAGCGGAUACCGGUAAGUCGUGCCGGCCGCUAGGGAGAAGGAGCGCCGUUUUUUGUGCGGUUGCGUGUGGCAGAAGCGCACAAUCUAACGGAGUGGAGAACACCGCCGUAAUGCUGUUGCUGUUGCUUCUACGGCCUGUUUGUAGUACCUAGAACCGGUAUAUACUACAUACCGGUAAGAGAUUGCUUUCGUGUGGCAGGCCACACUUUCUCAACGAUGUGCAUCUAAGAUAUAACCUUUGUUUCUUUCUCAGUUCCGCCGCCUAGUGCUCACGUGAUGUUGUCCUGCCCACCCUGUGUGCCCCUCACACUUGUGCGCCUUAGUUGCCCGCACCGAAGCAUACCCAACAACGGUUUCCGUCCUUACCGUUGUCGAGUCUUCUAAUCUUCUAUUCCGCUGUAACCUACUGUAACUGUAACUACCGGUGCCAGAA